UACGCAGACGUAAUUUAAUUUUUUGGCCUUUGAACCAAUUUUAUUAAUUGUAAUUCAAUUUCAAAUAUUUUUUUAUUCAAUCCAUCAUCUAAUUAUAUAUCUUUUGUGUCAUGUUGAUGUUUGAGUUGUAGUGCAUAACAGAACCAUUGAUGGUUAAUCUUGACUUGGUGCUACCGACUAAGACUGGUUAAUUAUUUCCUUCAACUGUGGACUUUUUUUAUGUGAUUGAUGUCAUUAUUCAAAAAACCAAAAGGAAAGUUCAGAUUGCGAGUUACUCGCGAGGAUACCGAUGACGAUGAAAAUAAUGAGUCUACUCAGGAAAUUGACGAUUCGAAAAAAUCUUCCUCGCAAGUGCCAACUGUAGAGACAAAAGACAAUGAAAAUGAAACAAAUGAAGCUGGAUCAUCAGCUGUUAAUCAAUCUCAUGUUGAAGGGGAGAAAAAAGUUGAACAUAAAAUGAAAGCCAAAUUAAGUUUCGGUGAUGAUGAGGAAGAAGACGUUGAUGUAUUCAAGGUUAAAAAAUCUGCCUACAGUAGAAGAAUAGCCAAACAAUUAAAAAGGGAGAAAAAAAAGAAAGAAAAAGAGGAAAAAUUAGAAGAAGCCAGAAAAUCCGAGCAAAGUUCCGCUUUCACCAGUUAUGGAGAAGAUUUUAAUGUAGAAAUGGAAAUUGAAAAUUUAAAUUCAUCAGCUUUCAAAGAUUAUCAUGAACGAAAUACCGAUGAUGUCAGUCAUUUUUUCAAACCAGUGGAGAAAGGAGAAAUCCCAAGUGCUAAAGAAAUCUAUGCCGCAAGAAAGAAACGCGAAGAGGAUCGCAAAAAACUUAAAAUGGAUAAUGUUAUCGACGACUUUAUCGCUAUCGAAGAUGAGACAGCAGCUGAGAGAACAGCUUUAGGUUUAAUUGAUGACGAACAACCCGUUUAUGAUGAAGAACCUGAUAAUGAUGAUGAUGAAGAUGAAGAUGAUAGAAUUGAUUUUGCUGUUGAUAGAGAGGCGAUUGAAAGAGAAAGAGCAAAAGAAGCAUUUAUUCAAGCUCAAGAAGAAGACGAAGAGACUUUUAAUAGAGUAAAAAAUAAUAACGAUGAUGAUUCUGAAGAUGAAUUAGAUCUUUGGGAGAAAGAACAAAUCCGUAAAGGUGUAGGCUUUGUAAUUGGUUCUUCUAAUAGGGAUCAAUCUAACAAUCAGCUCAACGAUUUAAUGACAAAACUAGAUUUACCAAAUAACAGUGAUAAGUUUAAUUCACCAAUUCCAAGUUAUCUUCCCAAAACACCGAAUGGUAAAGCUUUUGAAGAAUUAAUUAAACAAAUCUCUGAUUCCAUAGCUCAAAUGCAAAGAGAAAUUGAUGAUGAUGAACAAGAAUUGAGAAGUGUUAUUGCUGAAAGAGAACAAUUGACUAAAGAAGUUAAAGAUUUGGAAGAAAGAUUAAUAGGAAAUGAAGAUGAUGAUGAUUCUCCAACAGAACGUCCCUGGAAACAAGGAGAAAUAUUUUCUCAGAAAGCAACACAUGAUAGCAGCGAUGAUGAUUAUUAAUACAAUUCUCUCUUUUUAAAUUCGAUCUCUGUAUAAAUACUGUUACCAUUUAUUUAAAUGGUCAAUUUUGUUACAACAAAAAUGAAGUUCAUUGAACAACUUUGUUGGUAACUAACAAAAACCUCUUUCUGUACGCGUACACAAAUGAUUUUAUCGAUAAUUUUGUAUUUAUUUUCAAAUUAAGUUAUGAACAGAGAGUUUUUGCAAUUUUAGAUGAAUCAAGAGCUUCUAGAUUCUUUGAUUUGUUGAAAACAAAUUGCAAAUGAUAAAUGUAUAAAUCUGAAGAAAAGGCUAGAACUGUAGAAAUUUCAAAUUUGAUGACCAAAAGUCUAGAUGAGCAUUGUGACCGCUUCGCCGAUUCAAGAUACACUUUUUGCUCGUGACUUAAUCAUUUUAAGAGAUUACUGGGAAUCACUCAAUUGUUAUCAUAAAUAAAUAUGUAUUUUUAUUAACAA